AUGUACAUCGUCUGUUGGCUGGUGAUAUCCUUCUGGCUGUUUCGGGGCGCCUACCACUACGACCGCCAGGCCCCAACUUUUCCUCCGGUGGCUGCGGAGAUCUACGCCAACCACUUCAACGUCUAUCCGCACAAUGACCCCCUGUACCCUAACCGAUCAGUCAGCAAUCAUCACCCUUACCUUCGUCACCUCCUCAACCAUUGGAUCCACUUCUCCGAAGUCCUCGGGUUUCGCUACGUCGCUAUUGCCGGCACCCUCCUGGGCGCCAUGCGCAACGGCCACAUCAUCCCGUGGGACUCGGACAUGGACGUUGCAGUAGACCGCGAGACCGGCGAGAAGAUCACGCUGCUGGCGGCCGGCCACCCCGAGUCUGGCAUGUCAAGGUCUUCGUUCGACGGCCUCUCGAUCGAGUUCAACAACGCGGUCAUCGACCACCAGCCAUGGACCGACGGCGAGGUCCGCUUGAUCGUCAACCGAUACUUGGCCCUGGACCUGCCCGGAGGCAACGGCCCGCACUUCAACCGUACCGGCCAUUUGGUGCCCGACCAGGAGGACUCGGUCUCGUUCGCGGCCCUGUUUGCACGGCUGGUCAGCUACGUCGACAGGCGUUACGCGCACAUAGACAUCUUCUGCACGGAGGAGUUCGACGGCAAGUACGGCUGGCAGUCGGUCGAGGUAGGGCCGUCGAAGGCCACCUUUCCCAAACGAGUGGAGCCCUGCGCAUUCGAGGGCAGGAUGAUAUGGUGCCCGUCGAAGGAAGACUACGACCCGAUAAUGCAGAACAACUACGGAAACGACUACAUGGUGCCGCACCCUCCAUCGUGA